AUGUUUGAAAAUGAUCGACAUUUCUCGCAUUUAGCUGAUUUUGAACGUGAAAUGGCGUAUCGAACCGAAAUGGUUCAAAAAACCGUGAUCACAGCACCUGAGCUGCCCGUUUGUCUCUCCAUCACGGUUGUUUUCGUCAAAGCAAAAUUAGCGUUCGUUAUUCGUGAACGUGAAUGUUGUUGUGAAGAAUACAACAAUGAAACUUUUCAGGGUUUGUACUACUCAUAUUACAAAACUAUCAUCACAGCACCAAGUUUCAGUGAGGGAUUGUAUGAGAUAACGCAUGAUAACGUUACCGAAUAUGGACAUACAAUUAACUGUUUGAAAAGAUUCAAUUUAUAUCCGGAGGUGAUUUUGGGAGCAGCGUAUCGAGUAUUUAUGAAAGUAGUAAGACAUAUGAAAUGGAAUGUUGAAACUUGUUGGCAAGUGAAUAGAGGCGAUUCAUUACCGCCCGUGAACAGUUGUGAAGUUCUCGGUGGAUUGCUAGCCGUGUGUUGUUUCUUCUUCAAUCAUGGCGAAGCAACUCGUGUUCAGUGGACACCGCCGUUGCGUGAAUCAUUCGGGUAUCCAGUAUUCAUCCUACAGAUCCUUGUUGUCACAUAUUUCGCUGCAUUUGCGUUAUCCACGCAAGUUGGCUCAUUAUUUGCAACGUUCAUCCUUGAUUUCAUACCAACUCGAACAAUUAGAACGAUCGUUUAUGGACAUAUUAUAGGGUUUGUGGUGGCAUUUGUAUUGUUGUUUGGAAAUGAAAUGCUACUGACAUCACUAUUCUUAUCUAGUGUACUCACAUUCAUGGGGAUCAUCAUGCUGGAUAGCGCAUUGAAUCGUAUUCGUUUUCGUCCGCUGUAUUUGUUGAUCAAUAGUGUACUAUUUAUCAUCGGUACACUUGGCAUUAAGCUCGCCAUCGGCUCGUUACUUCGUAUUACUGAUGAUGCACACAUCUUCGAUAUUUUACGAUCAAAAUUCAGCGAUUUUGCUAAUUUCCAUACGCGUCUCUAUACAUGUGCUCGUGAAUUUGACUUCCUUGGCACUGAUUUUCUUGCUCCAGUUUCAAUGACACUUCUUCUGCCAGCAGCUGUUGUAAGCGCCCAGUUGUUAUUGACGUAUAUGGCUCGUUUCGAAUUGUCAUCGUUCUUCAGCAGGAAUGGCUCAAAGGACAAACCUUUUGCAGAGUUCGUGAGUCUAGCGAUUGGCCGUAAUAUUUCGAUUAACUUGCAUCGUAUCAUUCUGGUGGCACUGGUGGCUGCCAUGGCGUUUCAAGGUGUUCAAAAUGUCGAAAAACAGCUGAGUAUCCAAGGCGAAUACAGUAAUCCAGAACAGGAAAUGCUCUUCAAUUGGAUUAGCCAAAACACGAAACCUGGUAUUGGUUUGAAAUGCCUCGCUCGAAUUCGUGAUAAUCUGAUAAUGCAACGGAAACCCCAAGCUGUCUUGCUUUCAGACGGCUUCUACUUAUCAUUGCUCUUCCAUGUUGAAGAUGAAGUAUUUGCGGGAACGAUGCCUGUAAUGGCGAAUGUCAAACUUUCAACAAAUCGUGCAAUCGUAAAUCAUCCUCAUUAUGAAGAUGCUGGUUUAAGGACUCGAACGAUGAAGGUUUAUUCGAUGUACAGCAAGAAACCGUUGAUGGAAGUUUACCGAACACUGAAGUCAAUGGGAGUGAACUAUUUCAUAUACCAACCAGAAUCCUGCAGACAACAUCCAACAAAACCUGAAUGCAGCUAUCGCGCUAUAUGGGAUCUAGAAGAUCCAAGCAAUGUCAGUCGUCAGUCAUUGUGUGAUAUUUACCACAUUGCCUUCUCAACUCGUGAUUUCACUCUUAUAGAGCCGUUCAAAGUGCUCUAUGUGUCACCAACUUAUGUUGUCUUCAAAUUAUGA